AUGUACAAGGUAUUGGAGCGCAUUAUCCUGUACCGACUCAUUAAACAUCGCGAAGAAACAACGCGCGACGAGCAAGGCUUUCGUCCUGUCCGAUCUACGAUUGACCAGGUGUUCAUCGUCAGGAGAGUGAUCGAAAUCUGGCAGCGGUAUUCGAAGCCAAUGCAGCUAGCGUUUCUGGACUUUGAAGCCGCGUUCGACUCUCCUCACCGAGGCCAUCUUCUCAAAGCGCUGAGCGCCGAUGGGGUACCAGGAAAGUUCGCUCGCUUGCUUGAUGACAUGAAUCAACGAACAACUGCUGCAGUUCGAACACCAGCCGGAUGUACAACACCAUUUGAAGUGGUAACUGGAGUAAGACAAAGGGCAGUGGCAGGACCUUUCCUGUUCAAUUUCGCAAUCGACGACACUAUGCGAAGAACAGUCGACCAGUGUCCUGCCGACAUUGUCUUACAUGUUGUCAACCUUGUAUCGAAGCUGGCUGCAGCCUUUGGACUACGCCUACGCCCUGAUAAAUGCAAGCAGAUGUGGAUCUCUUCGAGACCACGAACGGGAAUCAGGGUGGACGGACAACCGAUAGAACUCGUCGAUGAGUUCUGUUACCUAGGCUGUACGCUGAAGAACAAUGGCAGCUACGAGAGAGAUAUUCAGCAAAGAUGCGCUAAGGCCACUUCUGCAUUUAACUGCAUAACGAAAUGCCUGUGGUCGACCCCCAUCACCAACGAAGUCAAGCAGCGAGUCUACCUAUCCGCAACUCGCCCCAUCAUGAUGUACGGAUCGGAAACUUGGGCAGCACCAUCAACGGUUAUGGAGAGGCUUGACUGCACGGAACGAAAGCUGCUUAGACGGCUACUUGGCUACUCUUGGCCUAGGGUAUGUCACAAUGAAGACCUUUACACAGAAAUUGAUGUGGUAUACCGGCGGAUGACACGUGGAAGACAUCAACAUCUUGCACCGCCAUCGAAAGUGGCUAAAGUAAAUCGUCUUCGCUUCUUUGGUCAUAUAUUAAGGAGACCGGCAAAUCGCCUUGUUCAUCGAGUUCUGAAGAGUUUGCCGGGUUCGAGCUGGAAGAAGCCACGUGGCCGAAAACGGAAAUUCUGGACUGAGGCGGUGAAAGAGGACAUGAGGACACUCGGCGUGGAUAGGCAGUUCAGGCGAGACGUAACGUUUCGCAGAAUAUGGAAUAGCGACAAAUGGAUUGAUUCUGUCCCGAUAAUCCCCGCUGGUGAAGCUUCUCCACGGAUUCUUCCUUCAGAAGUGCGAGUCGCUAUCAAUAGCAUGAAACCUGCCACAACCCCUGGACCUGGUUUCAUAUCAGCAGACCUUCUUCAUGCUGUUGGCCAUUCACUUCAUGAUAUUUCACCUUUUCGCUGCGAGGAGUGUGCAUCGGUAAAUCUGAUGUGGGUGAGACCAUACACUACUGGCAAGAUAUCAUCAAUAAGAGACCUUAGAGAGUUUUUGGUAAGAACGGAAGUUGGGCUAGAACUAAAUUAUUCAAUCAAAAGUUGGGAAGAGGUGCAAGUUGCAUUCUACUUUGACAUUAUGGGAUUUGUGUUCAAUUUUAUCACGGAAGUAAAUGAAUCGCAAGAAGAAGCGAAAUAUGCGUGUGGUGCUGGAAAAGCUAUUCCUUCUUAUUUAAUGAGGAACGUCAUUUUGAAGGAUAGAGCACACGAAUAUGGAGUUUUCAUGGAGUAUGGCCAAUUUAUUUUCUAUCAGAAUGUCCAAGCUAGAGUCUACAAGAUUCAACGACCACGUAACGAUCCGGACGAAAUGUACAACAAAGAGAUUGCUUAUUGGACGAUGUCUAAGGGACUCACGCUUCUGUACAAUGUUUUCGACGUUGAUGUCAAGACUAUAACGGAAUACCGAGUAGCAACAUUGAUACAACCACCGUUCAUUCAACUGAGUGGGAAUCCAAAGAGACCUUACGAAGGAUACUGCAUCGAUCUCAUCGAAUUAAUUCGCAGUGAGCUCAAUUUUUCCUAUUCUAUUUACGAAGUGGAAGAUGGAUCGUUUGGAUCAAUGGAUCAAAACGGGAACUGGAAUGGUUUAAUUGGUGCUCUUGUAUCGGGAUCGGCGGAUAUCGCUCUUGCACCUCUCAGCGUCACAGCAGAGAGAGAAAACGAUGUCGACUUUACCGUGCCUUAUUACGAUCUUGUUGGAACAACUAUCUUGAUGAAGAAACCCGAUAUGGAAUACUCACUUUUCAAGUUUAUGAAGGUCUUGGAGUGGCCAGUGUGGCUUUGCAUAAUUGCUGCCUACUUAUUUACCAGCAGUACACUUUGGUUGUUCGAGAAGUUUAGUCCAUACUCAUACACUAACAGCAAAGAAAGGUAUAUCAACGAUACUGAGAAACGAGAAUUCAGUUUGAAAGAAUGCUUAUGGUUUUGCAUGACAUCAUUGACACCACAAGGAGGAGGAGAAGCUCCGAAGAAUGUAUCAGGAAGACUUGGUGCUGCUACUUGGUGGUUGUUUGGAUUUAUAAUAAUCGCUUCCUAUUCUGCAAAUCUAGCAGCAUUUCUGACCGUUUCACGACUGGAGCAGCCCAUAAGUUCUCUGGACGAUUUGGCUAAACAGUACAAAAUAGAAUAUGCGCCCAUUAAAGGCAGUGCUUCAGAAGCUUACUUUAGACGCAUGGCUGAAAUCGAGGAGCGAUUCUACAACAUCUGGAAAGAGAUGUCUUUGAACGAGAGUAUGUCACUAAGAGACAGAGCUCGACUUGCUGUAUGGGAUUAUCCGGUCUCUGACAAGUUCACUAAUAUGUGGAGAUACAUGCAAGAAUCCACAUUGCCAGAAAAUAUGGAUGCUGCAGUACAACGUGUGCUGACUUCGGAACAAGGAUUUGCAUUUAUUGGAGACGCUACAGAAAUCAAAUAUGCAGUUCUCACCAAUUGUAACCUGCAGCAAGUCGGCACCGAGUUUUCACGGAAGCCCUACGCAAUAGCAGUACAAACGGGACACGUCCUCAAGGACCAAAUCUCAAGCGCCAUCUUAAUGUUGCUUAAUCUGAGGCGUCUUGAAACACUCAAAGAAAAGUGGUGGAAUAGCAAUCCCAACAAAGUUGUCUGUGCGGAUAUCAACAACGAGAACGAUGGAAUAUCCAUUCAGAACAUCGGCGGAGUGUUUAUGGUUAUUCUCUGUGGAAUUGCGUUAUCAGUGAUUUCACUCACCUUAGAAUUUUUCUACUACAGACUGAAACGAGUUCAUUUCAUCGGGGAACGACAAGAGGAUAAAGACGAGAAAUCCAUCUCAGAACUCAAUGGAAGCACAGCAUCACGUUUCGUGUGGAGUAACUCCAUAGUACGCGGCAAAAGUCGAUGCACCUUCAACUAUGAGAAUACAGGAUUUCAAUACUGA